AUGUCGACGCCAGAGCGCAGCAGCCCGGGCCCAUCGCGGGCCCCGCGCCACUCGUCUGCAAAGUCACAGCGAAUCCUCGCCUGCGUCCUUUGUCAGCAGCGCAAGGUGAAAUGUGACCGGAGGUUUCCCUGUGCCAAUUGCGUCAAACAUCAGACGCAAUGUGUGCCGGUCGCGCAAACGCGUCCACGAAGACGCCGGUUCCCCGAGCGCCAGCUUCUAGAUCGCUUACGGAUGUAUGAGGACCUGCUCCGCCAGAACAAGAUCAAGUUCGAACCGCUCCAUAAAGAGUCUGGCUUGGUCGCUAGGAUCCCGGGGCUACACGAGGAAAAUGAAGAUUCCGACGCUGAACAGCCAGAGUCUGAAGGGACCGAUGGGCCAUUUCCGAGUGACCCUUCUAAGCCGAAGAGUGCGUACGAGGCUAAAAAUAUCUGGUACGCCAUGAGCCACGGGUUCCGAGGGGUUAACAACGAUGGUGAUUUGGAUGAUGGUGUGCGGGAAGUGAUGGUCGGUAAAACUUGGGAUCAAGUCUUUGAUAACGAUGACCACCUUCUCUUCGGCUCCCGACAGGCAGCUGUCAACGUUUCUACGCUGCACCCAGAGCCAGUGCAUAUCUUCAGACUCUGGCAAAUAUACCUCGAUAACGUUAACCACCUGCUCAAGGUCACACAUACUCCAAGUCUGCAAGGGCGCAUUAUCGAAGCUGCGAGUAACUUGGCAAGCAUUAGUCCCACUUUGGAAGCCCUUAUGUUUGGCAUCUAUUGCACGGCCGUUUUGAGUCUUGUCGAUGACUGUCAAGCAAUAUUUGGGAUGCCCAAGGUUGACCUUUUAAAGAAAUAUCAGUUUGCCUGCCAGCAGGCUCUGUUGAACUGCGGGUUCUUACGAUCUGCUGAUCGCGACUGUUUGACCGCUUUAUACCUCUACCUAAUCUCAGUGCAACCCAGUACUGACCCCCGUUCUCUUUCUUCUCUUCUCGGUGUCGCUAUUCGUAUUGCACAACGCAUGGGCAUUCAAAAUGAGUCGAGCAAUUCGAAAUACCCCGUCCUCGAGUGCGAGAUGCGCCGAAGACUCUGGUGGUCCCUUGCGCUCUUUGACGCUCGGAUUAGCGAAUUAUCAGAUUAUAGGACCACGACUCUAGCCCCAACUUGGGAUUGCAAGGCCCCUCUCAACGUGAACGAUUUUGACCUGCGAGCUGAAAUGAAGGAGCCGCCAGCUGUUCAGGGGAAAGUUACCGAGGUGCUUUUCGUAAUCUUGCGCAGCGAGAUAGGGGAGUUCGUUCGUCAUAGCCCGUUUCAUCUAGACUUCACCAAUCCGUCUCUGAAGUCUGUCGUCAGAGAUCUUCCAGGCGAUGGCGAUCUUGAUGCCCUGGAGAAGAUUAUCGAAGAAGGAUAUCUCAAGCACUGCGACCCGCAGAAUCCACUACAUUUCAUGACAAUCUGGAUGAUGAGAUCGGCCCUCUCCAAAUAUCGUCUUCUGGAGUACUAUUCAAGAUAUUGUUCUGAACCCCAGGCGGAGAGACAAAGCGAUACUCCUAUGCUCUAUGCAUUUAGAGUGCUUGAAAGCGACACAAAGAUCAUGACUUCAUCCAUGACCAAAGGUUACAUCUGGUUUCUUCAUUUGUAUUUCCCCCUUCCAGCCUAUAUCCACAUCGUCCAAGAAUUGAUCAAACAGCCUGUCCGUGCUGAGGCAAGACAGGCCUGGGAGAUUAUGAGCGACAAUUACGAGGCCCGAUUUACUACCUCGAACUUUGUCGGCACUUCCAUCUUCAGGACCUUCGCCAAGAUCAUUCUUCAGGCCUGGGAGGCCCUCGAAGAGGCUUCCAAGAAUGCCGGGGACCCCGCGCAAGAGCCGUUCGACCCACCGCGAAUCGUGUUGAAUCUCAAGCGAAGAAUAGUGGAGAUAACACAGAAAGAACAAAAUGCCAACCCAGAGCAACAACCCAGCGAUGUUAUGAACACUGAUAUGACGAACUUGCUCAUGUCCAUUCCGAUGGGAUUCGGCAACGCAGAAUCGCUCAACGGCAUGGGUGGUCCAGACAGUUACCUAGGGAUAGACCCGAUGCCAUACCCCAACUUUCCUGGACAGGUCUCGUCGAUGGCUGAGAUGAAUCAUAUGACUUGGGCUUCGAUGGUAUGGGGUUUCCGUGAGCGUCGCGGGUGGUGA